UCUUCUUAUAAGAUAUAUAAUCUACUAUUAUAUUUUUUUCCCCUAUAUUACCAUUGUCCUUCUAUAUAUACUCAGUAUAUAUUUAAUUAAAAUAUUGUUUCAAAUCUUUAUUGUCUUUUAUAUUAAGAAAAACUAAUUUACAUGCAACAAUAAAGGAUCAUCAUCCAUCAACCUAGGAUCUCCACAAUUUUCCUUCACUCUCCAAAACCCUUUAUAAAUACCCUUCAAACCCACGUUAUCAAAAACACCUUAUUAAAAACCCUACUCCCUUUCUUUUACUCCACAAAAAAAAAAAAAAAAAAAAUGGCAACAGAUAAUGUAGUACAAUUGUUGGAUUUUUGGGCAAGUCCAUUUGGGAUGAGAGUGAGGAUAGCAUUAGCUGAAAAAGGAGUGAAAUAUGAAUACAGUGAACAAGAUUUGAAGAAUAAGAGUGAAUUACUACUUAAGAUGAACCCGGUUCAUAAAAAGAUACCAGGUCUUGUUCAUAAUAAUAAACCGGUUUGUGAGUCUCUUAUAAUUGUUGAGUACAUUGAUGAAGUUUGGUCUGAUAAAGCUACUUUGUUGCCUUCUGAUCCUUAUCGUAGGGCUCAAGCUCGUUUUUGGGCUGAUUUUGUUGAGAAGAAGAUAUACGAUACUGGGAGGAGAGUUUGGACGACUAAAGGCGAAGAUCAAGAGGCGGCGAAGAAGGAAUUCAUUGAGCACUUGAAGGUAUUGGAGCAAGAGUUAGGGAACAAAUCUUACUUUGGAGGAGAUGAAUUUGGGUUUGUUGAUAUUUUUUUUAUCCCAUUCUAUAGUUGGUUUCACGCCUAUGAAACAUUGGCCAACUUCAAGAUUGAAGAAUCUUUCCCAAAGAUCAUUGAAUGGGCUAAGAGGUGCAUGCAAAGGGAAAGUGUGGCUAAAGCUCUUCCUGACCAAAACAAGGUUUAUGAGUUUAUUUUGGAGUUAAAGAAGAGGUUGGGCAUUUAGAGA